AAAAACAUGUCUUCAGAAUUUAUAUGAUAGAUGUGGGUGAGAAACGGAUCAAUAUUUGAUCAAUAUUUUUUACUAUAAAUCUCCAAUUUCACUUGUUUUUGCCGAUUCAAAUUCUUUGUGCAUAACGCCACCAACUGGGCAGGGAGGAGAAUUUGUAAUAAAAGAAAACUUCAGUAUUGAUCCAUUUCUCACACACACCUAUCGUAUCGCUUCUGAAGACAUGGAUUUAACCACUGGGGUCGUAUGGAUUACUUUUAUGCUGCAUUUAUGUCCUUUUUGGAGCUUCAAAGUUCUGGCCACCUUUCACUUGUAUUGUAUGGAUCUACAGAACUGAGAUUUUCUUCUCAGAAAUCAUCCUGUGUGUUCAGCAGAAGAAAGUCAUACACAUCUGGGAUGGCUUGAGGGUGAGUACAUGAUGAGAGAAUUUUCAUUUUUGAAGUUGAAAAUUCCACUCCCCCCACAAAAACAAUAAUCCAAUAGGUUGAUUAUUUUUUAAGUAACAAUUCUAAUAAUCCUAUGCAGUUUGUACCUCUGAUUGCUAAGCAAACAAAGGGGAGCCAAAUAAAUAACCAGACACACAAAGCAAAGCCAUUGUACAGUUUAGCCCCUCUCUAUUGUCUUUGUGCUUGAUAUGUUCAUCUGUCAUUUAGAUUAGUCCCUACCUGCCUGUUACAACAGGCGAGACUUUCAGAGUUGUCUAGACGAAAGAAAGUUUUCCAUGUUCGCGUGAAUUUAUUUCAUGUUUACCAUACAUGUUUGAGUAGUGACUGUCUAUGAAAGAGAGGGACAGUCUACUGUCAUGUGUUCAGUGUCUGGCGUACAUUUGGGGGAGGGGGCUCACUGGAAAACAAGGAUGUGAAUUCAUAACGCUGAAAACCAGGAAGACGAGCCCCAUUCAUCCACCAAACUUCCAUUUCAGAGUUUGAAUGGUAUCUCUCGCGCCUGAUUAGAAAAAUUGGUUUAAACCGCAAACAAAACAGAAAAUAUUAAAUACGGACGACACCCCCCUCCCUCCAACCAAAGGUCAAAGUUCACAGGAAGCUGGGGGGCUGCCAUUUUUCCACUGCUAACAUGUUAGAUGCUAAACUGGCGAGGAGUGGUGGUCUUUGCUGAGUGCUUCUCUUUAUUGUCAUCCGUUUGCGUUCGUCUACCUCUUAUUUCGUAUGCAUUUUUAAGGCUCGGUUGUUGAAUGACGGCGGCAUGGAGAGGACAGAACAGCCGUGGAAUUCCUCCUACACGUACCAGGUAAGCAAACACAGCGCCGAGAUGCUACACAACCUCAACGGCCAGAGAAAAGAUGGAGGCAGAUUUUGCGAUGUUAUCUUGCGCGUCGGAGAGGAGAGCUUCCCUGCCCAUAAGGCGGUGUUGGCGGCGUGCAGUGAGUAUUUUGAGUCGGUCUUCAGUUGUCAGACUGAAGGUGACGGCGAAAGCAAGGAGCUGGAGAUGCAUACGAUCAGCCCCAAAGUUUUUCGCGACAUCCUGGACUUUGCGUACACCUCCAAGAUCGUGGUGCGCCUGGAGUGUUUCCCGGAGCUCAUGACAGCGGCGAAGUUUCUCUUGAUGCGAUCGGUCAUCGAGAUCUGUCAGGAGGUCAUCAAACAAUCCAACGUGCAGAUUCUCGUGCCUCCCGCCCGGGGAGGAGAGCACGGCCUGUUUAGGAGCGCCGGGGCCACGGAGCAGCUGUCAUACCUCCUGCCCGUGGACAUGUCAAACGGGAGCGUGUCCAACGGCGCGUUGUUUACCAACAACACAGACAGUGACAGCGCUGAUCCGAGUCAGCAACCAGCUGAUCGGUUACCGGGUUCCACGAUAGAGUUUCACCUGAGCACUGAGGAAUCUCCGAGCUCUAAACGAGGCAGAGGAAGACCUAAAAAAGAGCCCACAGUGGAGCCGAUUUCCUACAACAGCGCUGCUCAAAAUGAGGACGAAGGCCUUUUUUCGUGCGGGGUCUGUGGCAAAAUGUUCCCCGAUGACAUCCAGUUAAGAAACCACGAGACGCAACAUGGGACCGUGAGCACCGGAGCGGAAUUGGUUGCCGUGGACGGGCCGACGAUGAUCUCUCAAUCCCAGCCGAGGUUCCAGGGAAACGGACUGCCAACGGAAAACCGUAAGCGCGAGAGAACGAGGCGGCACGUCUCGUGUGAUCUGUGCGGGAAAGUUUUCCGAGACGUCUACCACCUGAACCGACACAAGCUGUCACAUUCGGGCGAGAAGCCAUAUGCGUGUCCGGUGUGCGGGCUGCGGUUCAAACGCAAGGAUAGAAUGUCGUACCAUGUACGGUCUCACGACGGCUCGGUGGGGAAACCGUAUGUCUGUCAAAGCUGCGGGAAAGGUUUCUCAAGGCCAGACCAUCUGAAUGGACAUAUUAAACAGGUGCAUACCACAGAGAGACCUCAUAAAUGUCAGAUUUGCAAUGCAUCCUUUGCAACGCGAGAUCGUCUGAGAUCACACCUGGCAUGCCACGAAGAUAAGAUACCAUGUCAAGUGUGUGGGAAAUUCCUCCGCGCUGCCUACAUGACUGACCACUUGAAAAAACAUAGUGAAGGACCUCAUAACUAUUGUGGAAUAUGCAACAAAGGUUUUUCUACAGCAUCAUACUUAAAGGUGCAUGUAAAAACGCACCACAGCUCGUCCAUGCUCCCUUCCUCUGCAGCACAUCAGUUCCCCGAACCACGCUCCAACAGACCACAGAUGCACAACGGCACCCCCUACCACUCAGGACGCCAGUGCGCAGUGGAAGAGCUCUGCACCAGUCGCCGGCGCCUGGUUACCUUUCCCGAGACAGAGGGGUCUUUUCGGGGGCUAUCUGGGCCAGUUCUAACUCAGCCUGUCCCUCCUGCCCUGGGCCUGCAGCCUGAGCUGCUCCUGGGCAAGCCAUGUCCAACUCCCUAUUUCUGGGAGUGCCGCUCUUCUGGAGCAGCAGGGUUUCCGCUUCAUGGGCCUCUUACAGACGGGCAGGAGAAUGCUGGGAAAUGCCCCCACCAGGAUUCUGAUGGUUCGGACGCGGCUUUUGGUGACCUCUCCAAUGGAACCGAGCUCAAGCAUGAGCAGAAAGCCGAGGGAGAAGAACUGGAGGUCACCUCUUUCAUCUUUAAUGGGCAGCCUGACGACACAGUGACGUCACCAAGCGGAUCCAAACAAAACCCAGACCAUGAAAAGAAGUUUGUCUGCGGCGUUUGCGGCCAGACCUUCCGCACAAAGUCUUACCUCAACAAGCACCAUCACCGGGUUCAUAAGAAACGGAGUGCGGCGGGUUCCAGUCUGGGUGACCUUGCCUCACCCUUUUCCCCCCAACAAAAUAUGUCACUUCUUGAAUCCUUUGGCUUUCAGAUUGUCCAGUCAGCUUUUGCCUCCUCACUAGUGGACACUGAGAUGGGCAGCAGUGGAAUGGGUUUAGAGGAUAAAUGACCCCCUGGAGAUAUAGACUUUUCUUACAGUAUAAUCCUGCUCUUAAUGGACGACCAAACAUUUGAUAACUGCGAGUUUAGUCUUUGUCUUAUAAUCCUUGAUGCCAUAUGUAGACUACUUUUUGUUUUCUCACAUAUUUCUUACUAUUAUAAUGUUUGUUAAUGUUUUGACUUCACUAUCAUGGAUGUCAUUCUGAUUCCAUGUUGGUGUGAAGCAGCUGUUUACACUUUUGACAAAUACUAAUUUUAAAGGUUUGUCAUGAAAACCACCUUACUUUUCACAUGUUAAAAUGUUUAUGUCUCUGCUUCCAUAUUUGUGGAGUUAGGGUGAAGUUUACUUUAAAAUUUAAGCCAAUGCCCCAAACAUUUUCAGAAUGUAUUUCAGAUAAUUUCAUAUUGAUUGCCCAGACUUGCACAGUAGGUAACUGUACAAUGGAAAUUUACAGUGGGGUUGAAAAGUCCCCUUUUUUUUAUUUUUUUUUUUUUAACUCAAAUAUAUUAUCAGUAUCACUUUGUGCAAAACCUGAUGAUCCAUGUUAUCCAAGCAUGAUAUGAUAAUUUUUUGAAGAGCGUUUUGUGUGCUUCCAUGGAAGCAAGGAAAUCAAACUUUUUGUACAAAAGUGUUAACAUGGUCACAAAUUUUGCUUAUUUGAUUAGUGACCAUAAAACAGGACACCAUCUUAAACAUUUCCUAUUCAAUUUAUAUCAUGAUAUUUCUUCGAUUGGCUGAUUGGACACAUGUACUUAAAGUGGUCAGUGAGUAUUUUUACAGCAUUUAUUAACCUUUGUUAAUGUAAAUUAAUAAAAAUACAAGUGUUAGUUCAUAGUGCAUUAACUAAUGUUAACAUAUACUGUGCAACUUUUGAUUUUAAAAAUAUAUUGGUAUAUGGUGAAAUUAACAUUAACCAAGAUUAAUAAAUGCUGUUUUAAGAGUGUUUAAAGUCUUGUUAAGUGUUAGUUCAUGUUAACUACUGUUAACAAAUGGAACCUAUUUGUAAAGUGUUACAUUUUUAGGUUUAAAUGUGAUUUUGAAUACCACAUUUGGACUUUUGAAACCCACUGUAUGUCUGUGCAUUUGCAAUUAAAAAAAGCAUAACAUUUCCAAGCAUUACAAUUUUAACAGAAUUACAAUGAAAUGCAGAAGUUUUCAGAAUCAAAGCUACAUCAGGCAUCGAGACUUAAGGUUCUGAGAGUCAAGCAUACAAAACUAGUGAGAAUCUUUCAAUCUUGUGCUCUUGUGUAUAAAUUACUUUGGCAAGAAAUGUAAGGAGUAUAAAUCCUUAACAAUUUCAGCCCAAAUAAUGGCUGUUAGAAUAGUACUUUUUUGUGAUUUCUUCUUUUUAUCAUUGAUAGUUCUGAGACAGAUUGUUUUUUUUUUUUUUUUUUGGUCAAAACAAAAUUCAGUUUUGUGUCCAACAGGGACCAAUUUCAGGUUUCACUGUAAGAUAUAGCAAGAAGCAAAGAAUAUAUUUUAUUAACUUAUUGAUACUGGUUUCCAAGUAACCUUUACAAAAAGGUAUAUAUUGAGUUUUUGUGUAGAGUUGCAAUGUGCUAUUUUCCUCUUAAAUCAUGCACCUGACAGGAGGACAGUGUGAGCCCCAGUGUGUCUAAAUGAGCAUAAUGACAUGUAUGUGUGAGUACACGUGUGUAUGCUGUGGUCUCUCCAAUGUCCUUUUUAUCUCCAGAAUGUAAUAUAAACAGAGGACUUUUUAAUCUUUUUUUUUAUUUUUUUUUUUAUUAUAUAUAUAUAUAUAUCAGAGUUUUUCUAAGAGGUUCAGUACAUUCCUGUUGAACUUAAAGUCUUGUCAUUAUACAUUUGUAACAUUCACACACACACAAGAAAUUUGUGUGUGUGUGUGUAUAUAUAUAUAUAUAUAUAUACACACACACAAAUGUAUGGCCAAUUUUGUUCGUUAUGUGAUUGGGAUCCUUGUAUAUAGAUUUUUUCCUUGGCCUUGGAGAAUGAAUGGAUAUUUCUAUGGAGGAAUAUGUUUAAAGUUCAGAGCCAUACUUCUGUUGCUUCUUUUUGAUAUUAUGCAAGUAUUUGUGUUUUGGUGUUACCUUGUUCCCCUGGGAUGUUACUUUAAAUGCAGUGUGCAUACUGGUUACCUUUCCUUUUAUUUUACUUUCCAAGCUAAUAGUUUAGUGUACUAUAAAUGUAUUUGGUAAGGCAGAGAGUACAACAUUGCAGAGGUGUUACAAGCGGUCACUCAUGAUAACGGAGGCUCUCCAAAACAUGAUUUUAUUGUGUUACAGUAUAUGUUUGUUAGGCUUACUGUUAAAAUCCAAAGCACGCUGAGCAGUGCACACAAAAAUCAGUGUGCUCUAUGGUACAAUAUAGCUUCAGUGCACUCAUUUGUCUUAUCAAUGCUAAUGUCAGAUUGUAAUUUAAGUAAAUUAUGCUUCUAGUAAUAACAAUCAUUGUCUGCCUCUAACAGUAAACGUGAUCUGAAUAUUUGCAGCCUUUAUUUAUUUACAAAAUCAAAGUUAUAGGGAAGCCCUCGAUUAUUGCUGUACAACUUUUUGUCUUGUGUUGUUUUAAGGCUUAUUGCAUCACUGGAAUCUUUUUUGAUUUCUUUCUCAGAUAUUUGUAUGUUGCAAAGUGCCUUCCCAGUACUGAUUGUGAACAGUGAUGGGUAGGAAAAAAUUCUGUCAUUAAAAGGAUCUAUCUUAAAAUAACCAUAAAUGAACCGAGUUGCAUUGACACUUUUGUAUAAAGACAUGCAUAUAGAAAAGUGUACAUUUGUACAUGUAUGUUUGGUAUUCUACCCUGUUGUUCUCUGAAAAUAACGUUGUUUCUCUGCAAUUUAUGUCACAACGUUCAUUAAUUUUUGGACAUUUGGAUAUAAGCAUACUUUUCUAUCGAUGUUUGUUUUUGUACACUGUUUUUGUGUCUCUGUCUAUUUGGUACAGAGAUGGGUUUAAAAUAAAAUUGUAUCUGAGAAUUUACUUUAUUGUGAUAAAUCCUGCAUAUUAAAUGUUUA